GAGGGGAAGCUAUUCAAUUAGUCAUGCCGUGGCUGUCUCUAACAAAAGAAAAGCUACAUCAUCUUGCGUCAUCCGCAGGCAAUCGCAAACCUCUUUGGGUAGGAAUCACAUGGAUUUUUAAAAAAUUCCCCAAUGAACAGGAAAUUUACAGAGAAUAAAAAAAUGCGCUUGACAUCAUAGCGUGGCCGUUUACUGCAUAGGAAAGUCACCAACCCAGCAACAGAGGGCGACUCACCCUCGCUAGGUUGCAUCUGGGUCAUCCAAAUAUCGAUUGGACAUUCCAGUGAAGCACAUUUAUCUGGGUGUCCUAAUCUACUUGCUGGUCCUCAUCUUGUUUUAGACCAAACUUUAAAGCCUCAACAGCAGCAAAACAAAAACACCUUGCGUUUCACCUUGCCGCCUCGGGGAGUCAUUUCGGCGAGGAAUCAAUCAAGAGUCUCGCUACGUGUCAGUAAAAUGAGAAACAUUGACUGAUAAGAAGGGGGGGAGGGAUGGAUUUUUGCACACUCAUACUGCACAGAAGAAGGUGCUCGUGGAUCACAUGACCUUGCCGGGGGGAGGAGGGGGGGGGCACCGAGAGCAGACACAAAAUGUCCUCUUUCUCCACUGGACCGUCAAAUGACAAAUUGUCCUUUUGCAUUUUGUUAUAUUUGCGGAAUUAAGUCAGCUACCCUUGUUUCUAUUCAUCAAUUAUAAGCACCUGCUUUUAUAACUUGAAACAACUAGGGGAAGAAAAAAAUGUCUGUACCGCAUGCUUGGGACCUGCUCUCAGUUCCUUACACGUGUUCUUUAUUUCCCACCAGGUGCUGUUCAAGUAUAAAGUGCCUUUUUCAGCCGAUCCCGCAACACUCUAAAAUCAGUGUAAUCAAAUGUGCAUAUACUUUGUAGCCCGCUGAGGCCCAAGUUAUACGACCAGCGUCAAAAGAAAAAGUGGUAUACAGCAUCUUUUCAAAGCAUGUUGACUUAACGUCUUGCAUCCACUGCCAUGAUCAUAUGCAUUUUUACCAACGAGACGAAUCAUUUCGCUGUGAUCGUGCCAUUUUGUAGUGUUCCACCCCACAGAUGUUCUCAGUAAAAGCCACUUCCUUUUCUCAUUAUAACUCAAAUGGAGAAGUACGCCCGAGACAGCUUUUACACGCCAUUGAUUUCUCUCACUGUCAAUGAGUGUUUCGCACGCUCAUCUUCAGCUCUUCUGCUUUUCUCCUCAAGCAAGUUGGGCAUCUCCGAAUCGAUCACAUCCAAUCUACAUUAGCAACAAUGAAAGCCCUCACAUUCCACCCCCUGUUUUACGGUGCAAUUAUACUCAGGGCUCUGAUGUGUGGUGCUCAAAACAACUCUUAUAAUGUGACUGCCUUGUUGGCCACAACUCCGAACCAAAGAACACCAGAAGAAAAUGUGGCAGCCAGUGCUAUGUCUCCACGUCCAUCAUCCCAAGCCGCCACCACUCCAUUACUCUCUGCCGUGAGAAGCACCUCUAAACCGAACCCUUUGCCGAAUUUGACGCCAAGCAGCAUCGCAACACCCGUGGGCAUGUUGGACACUCAUAACUGCAUCCCACUCAUGAUGCUAACAGGAGGCCUGAUCCUAAUCUGCCUCAUUCUUCUCCUGUCCACUUCAAUGCUGACCUGCAAAGUGUGCCAGAUGAGCAAACGCAUCAGGAUGCUGGGAAGCGACUUCGCAAAGCAGAUGGAAUCGGAUGGGAAAUGCAAAAGUAACUUGGAGACGGAAGCCAAAGAGACCAGUAUGCUACUGACUGACUUGAAUGAAACACAGAAAGAUGUGAAGGUAUGUAAGAACGGAGAAAAGGGAAAAGGGGAGCAGGAGGCUGAAGAGGCUGCCAAAAGCAAAGAAGCUGCUGAUGUCACCCUAGUGGAUGAUUCAUCCUGUCUGACACAGCAAAAAACUGGUGAUGCCAAUGCUUCAGCUGCCGCCUUCCCUGAUGGAACGGAGAAACAAAAAGAUGUGGUUUAGCAUUCUGUGUGUGGGGUUGGGGGAGGGAGUCAGGGGGGGGCGGUGUUCCUUUUAACUACUUGUAUUUUAGCAUCGUAUUGCCAAAUCGCUACACAGCUUUUGUUUUACAGCAGGGCCGUCCAAUCCACCAGUUUGUUUAUUUGCAGCAAGUCCCCACAUAACUGUGUGUCGUACGCAAAUUAACAUAUUUUUCUCAUUUGGCUGGGAGGGGAGGAGGAGGGGUAAACUCACCUCUUUUACUGGCUGAAAAGUAAACCGCCGUUUUUCUGCUCUCGUCAAAGCAAUAAAAGUUUUACUUUGCUGCCGUAUUGUGUUAUAUUGUUAACUAUGCUAAAAUGAGUUGAAUUGAAAAGAGUAUCAUUUACCCAAAAUGCUGCUAUGGCAAAAUCUUUUGGCAUUUUGUUGAAAAGAAUUUCAUUUAAGUAGUGGUUUGGAUCGUGUGGCAUCUUGGAGUUGUUAAGGAUUUUCAUUUAGAUUUUAAAAUAUUGUCGUUUUACACCAUCUGAAAUAUGUUAAAAUGAGUUGCAGAUCAUUUACACUAAAUAUUGUUUCGGCGCCCUUUUGUGGCAAAAUGGGGACAAGGAACUACGUUGAAAUGAGUUAAGUUGUUUCAUAUAGACUACAAUCGUGCUUUGGAGCCAUCUUGUGGCAUCUUGGAGUUACGUUGGUUCAUUUAGACAAAAAUAGUUCUUUGACACCCUCCUGUGGCAUUUUGGUGUCAAAUUACUACGUUGAAAUUCCAUGUACAGAACUUUGUAUGAAGCGAUGGCUGUAUGAAAGUGCUCUAUAAAUACAGUUGAGUUGAGUUGAAAUUAGGGAGAAAUAUAAAUUACACAAAAAAAUAUGCUUUGGUGCCAAUUUGUGGUAUAUUGGCAUCAAUGGAAUACUAUACUAAGUAAGUGACAAGCAGAUAAAAAUUACAAGCAACCAUCGAAAGCAAUUUUGUUCCUUUGUUUAUUGUCUCACAAUUGUUCAUAUAAAUUCAUCUGCUGUUGUUGUACAAAAUUGAAGUGAAGCGCUGUGAAAAGUGAUUAGACGGAUGUCGGCCUUCUCUGCUGCAUGCGCCGAGAUGCGAAAGCAUUUUUAAAAGGAUGAUUUUUUUUUUAGUAUGUAAGCGAGAAGGAUUUUCAAAGAACUUGACGUGAGCGGUUCAUUUUUUGACUUUUAAUUCCAUUCUUGUAAAAAAAAAAAAAAGGAAAAAAAGUGAAAAAUAACUCUGAAAAAACACAAUUUUGUGGGAAAGAAAUAAAAUUUUUAUUUCACUAGAAUAAAUUUGUAACAUUAUUAGGGAGAGGGUCACAUUUUUCGAAAUUACAUUUUUAAUUCUGAUCUAUAUUUUAUUUUAUUAUUUUUUUGAGAAAAGGUGUGUUGGUUUAACCAAAGCAUGCCAUCUGUUUCACAUAUAAACAAUAGCAUUUUAAAAAGUUGUUUUUUUUCCUUCCAGUGUAGCACUCAUUGGCCUCAACGUAAACAGUCCACAGCGGCCGCACUGUGCGCACCGCUGCCAACAAACGGGAUGAUGCAGUGGAUGAGAAUCAUCCGCAAUCAAUCUAACGCCUCCCUUAUUUACAUUUAGCAUAACAACGCGCGGUUGCUCAUUUUCCUCCGUCGAGGGAUGUUUUCCAUUGGAAUCCCAUUGAUUGAAGUGACAACACUCUCAUUUCUUUUCAACAUGAGCAGACCGCCCAGUGUAACUACUUCAAGAGUAUUAGUUGCUAAAUGCUGAAAAUAAAGUGUGAAAGCCGCCGGAUUGAACGAGGAUUGAUGAGAAGUUUCCCUCAGAGGAGCCCAGCCCCUCUGUUAUGUAUUCUGUUUUUCUCCCAUUCCUCUCCCUUCCAAUGUCCCUCUCUCUGAAAGAAAAAAAAAACACCCUCCCCACUACUCGGCAGCUACAGCUUGAUCGCGCCCACCCAAAAGAUCCAUCUUCAGAGACGGGCGACAUCAAUUUGAGGACGAAAAAGGGGCCCCCAUUGAAAACGUCUUCAGUACCAAACACUGGACGUGUACAAGGCUCGCAUUCUUUUUCGAGCCAACUUGUCUCAAGGUUGAAAGCGUGAGUGUCUGCACAGCACAAAGGAGCCCUGAAAAGACAAAAUGAGAAGCAGGCGUUCACUGCAGAAUCUGUCCCCUAAUGAGGCCCCUCUGGAGCUCCUGCUUGUCUUGUUGCUUGGGUUACGAGCCCUGGCCGCGUGCCCCGCCGCCUGCUCCUGCGGCCGCAGCCACAGGGACGUGGACUGCUCACGGAGGGCCCUGCGAGAGCUGCCCGACGGCCUCCGGCGCGACCUGCGCUCCCUCGACUUGUCCCACAACCGACUUGAGAACCUGGACGGCGCGCUCGCCCCCUACACGCACCUGCGCGUCCUCGAUAUUUCGCACAACCGCCUGAGUCGCCUGCCUGAGCGCUUGCCUCGUUCCCUUUGGCAGCUCCGCGCCGCCUCCAACCGAAUCGUCCUGUUGGACAAGAACGAUACGAUCCACCAGUGGAACCUGAGGGUGCUUGACCUCUCCGACAACAAGUUAGAGAGGACCGUUUUCAUUAACAAUACGCUGAUCAAUUUGUGUGCACUCAAUUUGAGCUACAAUCACCUCUGGACUUUUCCGACCAACCUGCCCACACGCCUGGAGAUCAUCGACAUCUCCCACAAUUCACUUGUGCAAGUGCUGCCGGGAUCGCUGGACCGACUUCCCAAUUUAUCCUUCUUCUACCUCCACGCCAACCGCCUUUCCGAAUUCCCUUUCGGGGUGUUUGAUAAGGUGACGUCGCUUCGGGUUCUCACGCUGGGCAACAACCCUUGGGCCUGCCACCCGGAGGCUGACGUGACCUACCUCCUAUCCUGGGUGCAACGUACCCCCGCUCUCGUCUUGGGCUGCCCCUGUCACCCUCAACCGAUCUGCGGCGGGUUAAAGACAGGACGAUGGAACUUAACCUCCCUCAGUCUUCCUCUUGUGGUGGAGAGCACACAAGUGUCGUCCCAGGACUCCGCGAAGGCUUCAGUUUCUGCAGAUCGUACACCGCACGUCCAUUUCCAUAGUGUUGCUAACAAAACCCCACCUGGUUUCUCAUUCACAGGAACAACUCGAGUCACGACAAAAAGACCAGUGAAGGUAACCGACUACUUCUUUGCAACAGAAAGCACCGCUAUCCAGGUAAAGAAGACAAGCACUCUUCGGAAGGAGGAUGCCUCGUCGUCCGGUUGUGCCGACAACAUUGGUCAGACUAACUUCUUCUCACCCUUUCUUCCGGUCACCUUCGGGCUCCUUUCUCUCACGCUGCCUCAAGGUCUCUGAAGCCUGGUUGACACGAAGCUAACAUAACACAUCUAAACAGACUUUUAGCAUGUAGAGACCCAAUGCAAUGUAAACACCUGAGUGGGAUUAUUUAUUUACGUUAACAAUCACAAUUCCCCAACACCCCCCCCCCACCCCACACACACACCAAUCUCAUCCCCCACCGCCCACAAAGUAUCUGUCCAUGAUUGAUUGAUUAAUUAAUUAAUUAAUCAUUGUUCAAUUAAUUUAAUUAAUUAAUUGAACAUAUAUAGAACAUAGAAUACAAUAACAGAUUGACAAAAGUGAAGGCAAGUAAAAAUGAUCUAAGGAAAAAAUGAAGACAGACAUUGUCAUAGUUUUAUGUUCAAAGGAGGAGGAAGUAAAUAAUUUAUCUAGUCCUAGCCCUUGUUAUGUAUUAAUAUGAAUUGAUCUUUUUUCAAUACAAAGAAAAAGAAAAUCUACACAUCAUCAAAUACUUUUCCCCCUUAUGUGUACUGUACUUAUCUAUUUAUACGCCUUUAGGUUUUGUGUAUAUAUAUAUAUAUAUACAUACUCAUUCUUUCUCCUUUAUAUAUCAGUUUUCUCAUAUUCUUUAUAAAAACUGCAUUUCUUUAAUACAUAUAAAAGUACUUAUAUAAUACAAACAAAAGUACCUUUUUUCAAAGUUUAAACUAUGAACAGACCACAAACCAUAGUUCCAAAAUAGUUUAAUGUCAAUAAUAUUGUGAUUGUCCUUUUUAAAAAAAAAAAAAAAAAGUGUGCACGUACGUACGGCAAAACUUUAGCUUCAACACAAUAUGGAAAUAUUGUUUCUCGCUUGAUAUGUAACUUUGAAUUCUAUCUUUGAUACCAGUUAGUGUUUAUGUUUGGUGACAUCUUGUCGCAACUUGGGACGUUUCAGAAAGAUUACAAAACCACUACUAGGGUUUUUUUUGGUUUGUUUGUUUUUUUGUUCUCAGAUCAAUGUUGGGAAUUGGAUUCACAGAGGGCCAAAAAAACGUCAAAGUGAAUUUUUGAGAAGUGGACUUUAAAUAUGCGAUGGGUAUUUCGUGAAUUCCCUACACGUUGCUUUGCUUUUUAAGAGCUAUCCCUGAAAAGAACCAACACUAAUUCCAAAGUGAAGUGUCUUGCAAUGGGCAGAUUUGGGCACAUGAUGGCACUCUACACUCAAGUUCUACAUUAAAAGCUGAAUGCAGCUUUGAAGGCACAGCCUUCAAUCAAUAGAUCCUCAAAUAUCUCAUGAUUAUGAUUUAUUAUAUUUUAACUUCAUUAUUACCGUUUAUUUUAAAAAGCUGAAAUGAUUUAUUGGGCUUAUUUAACUUUUCCAGCCUUAUGUAGUCGCAGCGUAUGCGAUAGUGGUUCACGAAUACAUUUUCAGAAACUGCCAGGAAUGAUUAACAUCGUGCUCAUUUGCUGCAGAGUAUUCAGGAUGUUCAUCCAUUGCUUUUUGUUGAUGCAGAUGAAUGUAGCUGACCUAGCAGUAGGUAGAUUUAUUUUUUUAAAACAACAUUGCAUCGAGUAACGCGUGUCUCCAAAUAAAAUUAUGCACAAAUCCGAA